AUGGAUAGUGAUCGAUUUGUCAAAUGGAUAACAGAUACAUCUAUGAAAUUACGUAUACUUCACGCAGCAUUAUGUGAAACAGCAAUUUAUGAUUCAGGAACUAAAUCAAUUGGAGACUAUACAUUAUUAUACUCUGGUCUUCCAAGUGUCAAUAAAACACGAUCAGUUCAUGGAGUGGCUGUCCUACUGGAUAAAAGGGCUACGAACAACUGGAAACAAUCAGGUUCAGAAUGGCAAGCUAUUACUGAGAGAAUUAUCAAAGUUAGAUUGAAAUGUACACCUAUGCAUAUCACCUUUAUCGCUGUGUAUGCACCAGUUAAUCCAUCAAACAAGACAAUGGCCGAUAACAGUGAAAAAUUUUAUAUGGAUUUUCAAGAGACAAUGGAUGGAAUAUCGAAAAACGAUAUGAUUGUAUUAAUAGGUGAUUUUAACGCACGUGUUAGUCAACCUCAGCAUCCUACGACAUUUCGCACUGUUGGACCAUUUACGAUGGAUGCACAAAAUGAAAACGGCGAGAGUUUAGUUGAUUUCUGCACCACAAACAAUCUGGUCAUAUCGAACUCAUUCUUCCAACAUAAGUCAGUGCAUCAAACUUCGUGGAUGCACCCUGGAACAAAAAAAUGGCAUUUGUUAGAUUAUACAUUGGUAAACAGAAAAAUUAAAUCAAGUGUAGAAGAUGUACGCUUUUAUAGAAAAGCAAGUGGAAGCAUAGGUACAGAUCAUCAUCUCAUGAGAUCUAAAAUUAAAUUACAUUUGAAAUCAAGAAAAUCGAUGACAAGCUAGCACAACACGAACAAUUACCACGAAGCAAAAAAAAAUUCAUUAGUCGAGGAAUUAGUCAAUCACAAACACAUUCCCAGCACACACCACUAUAGAGGUCAAUUCGAUGGAAAUGACGCAUGCAUAGCAACCUAGAUCCACAUGAAAUUCAUUUAACAGUGCCUUCAGUAAAAAAACAACUCCCACUCGCAUCCCUGACAUAUUGAGUUCACAUAUCGAAAUCAAUGCUGCUGAAUCCAACUUCCAUUGCCAACACAGAAUGGAUGCACGAUUCGAUAGAGAAUCAAAUUCUCUACAAGAUGAUGUAUUCAGUAUGGAGAGAAUCGAUUUCUAACAGGGCCCUAAGUCGAAAAAAAAGAUCCGACUCACAUCUCCAAUAAAGAAUACAUCCUACUCCACGAUGCUGAACAUUUUGGAAUCAGCUCCGCCCCCGGAACCAGUGCCAUCCAAUUCCGGGAACUCGAUCAUCAUUCAAUAUAACACAUCAACUCGUCACUGACCGAGUUUCAUCAAAUUCCCGGAAUUCCCAGAACUAAGUACAGACGGAAUUACCCCGAAUUUUCCGGAAAUCAGGAAUCGGACGGAAUUCCUAGGAAUUCCGUGUAAUUCCCUCCAAUUCCGGAGUUGGUGGGGAUACUAUCUCAGUAGGUCUGUUGUUGGCAAUGACGAUCGAGUUCCCGGAAUUGGAUGGAACUGGUUCCGGGUACGAAACUGAUUCCGCAAUGGUCAACAUUACGGAAUAGGAUGACUGCUCGGCUCUUUGGGAAUGGGAGUCUUGUCAAAUUUACAUACAAAAACCUGAUAUGGUAAAUCUUAUCAGAAUGCCUGAUUAUUCCAUAGUACCAUGUGCCGUACAGAGAUCUACUCAACGGUGAAAACCUCAGGUCUCUAUCACAUCCUUCUUCAAAAGUUAUAAGCAUUUUUGUGAACUGCCUUUUUUUCAAAAAUCGAUAUGAGUGGCUUCGAAUUUUGUCCAUUUUGAAAACAAAAGUGCUGGUAUGAAACAAGCUGUGUUUUGUAGAUUGCAGUUUUGUUCAUGCUGCAUCUUGUGGUAUUUUUUGUUUUUUAAAUACAAUGUAUUAUGUGGUGAAAAAAUGAAAUGAAAAAAGGCAAUUUUUUUGUCUGCAGGGGAGUUAAUGGUUUACAAUGUCGAACAUUCUUAAUAUUCACACAGAUACUACACAAAUAUUCGGAAGCCUGGAUCCUAUAUUGGGAGAUAAACGCAUCCAACAUUCUCUGCGUCAUAAUUCUCACUGCUCCUGUUGCAUCCUCCGUAUCUCAACGUGUUAUCCCGGCCGUUUUUACUCAGGUUGAAAUGUAUGUCAUACUGUUGUCCUGACUGGUUCUUAGCGAUCCUGGACAAAUCACUCUGUAUCUGAACCGUAUAGUGGAACGAAGGUCAACAAGUUUACCUCUAUAGGGCUUUUUCAUGAAUUUUUGGCACUGCUUACCUCAAAUGGAUACCAAGGCAGUUUUUUUGUGGACUUCAUGUCCUGGCAAGCCAAAAUUAAAAUUUAGUCAAAUGUUAAACUCGUCGAAUGAAAAUUAAAAUUCGUUUUGAUGAACACGAAACGGUAAAAUCUGGAUAACUAAAGAUAUGAGUGUGAGUGAAGUUGCUUGAUUCUGAAGGUUCUCGCUAUGCGUUGAUGUGGAUCUGGAUCUGAACUAGGGUGUGACAAACCUAGAGUAGAUUUGAGAUUUGGGACCAAAUAUCUUGAAAUUUGUAUUCGAAGCUUAAGCUUGAAGUUAGACUUGGAGUUAAUGGCUAAGUUUUGCAUUGGAUUUGCUUUUGGAUCAAACUCACAUAAGCGGUUUGCAAUUUGGUGAUCUUUAUUGAAAGGCAAACUAAAUUUAUAUUAUUUUUGUCUAAGACCAAAUCCAAAUACUAUGGAUUGGGCUCCGAAUCAUAAAAUCUUUUUCUGGGUUGCUACACCUGUACUAUAGUAGAUUAACAUUGAUGUUAUCUUAUAUUACGAAAUCUUUUGUGAUACAGAUCAUUUGAAGUAAGAUCUAAAUUCAAUUCUAAUUUAAAAUCCGAACUACAUAAUACCAAAUCCCAAGACUUCGAGUUUGUUAUAUUUCCAGUCUGGAAGGUCCGAGUGUAAGUGUGGGGUGGAAUUGACGUGUCUUAGAUCGGUGACUAUUUGGUUUUGGGCAUGCAUAUGGAUGAGAGCCAUGUCCCGAUUUCACCAAUACUCUCAGAUAAUAUUCGUUAACAAACUUCAUGAAAUAAAGAAACAUUCUCACUGUUUCAACUCUUUGUCCGUCAUUACCUGUUCCAGUAUUAAUGCAUAUGGACGUAUAGAAGUGAAAUCAUGAAUGAGCGUCGACUUCUCAAAUGUCUGUUAUCCAUUUACUCUCUUUUCACGCAACCACUACCUCUUAGCAGAUCUCUGCAGUAUAUUAAGAUGUCAUUUGGGAAUGAUUUCGAACUAAACUACUACACAUGAGCGCAUAUUGGCUAAAGAUAUAUCGCG